AUGGCCAUCCACAAUUGGCGACUGCAUAGUCAGGACGGGAGUAUGACUAUCCCAGGGACAGUCAACAUGGAUGAUACGAGCAGUUUGCGAUCGGCGUCAAUGUCAGUUGGGAGCGGAACUAUAUCCCCUAUUCGGGGCAGUAUUACAGCGUUGUACCAUUGGAGAUUGGGAAAACACCGGGGUGGUAGUGAAAUGGAUAGUUUGGAGGAAUCCCGAUCAAGAGUUUUGUCGUCUGUUGAUGGGGAAUUGAUCUCUCCUGUUUUGUCAUCAUCUUCUAUGAGGGUCGUAGCAGAUGGGAACCUCCCCAGCCCCGUUCCACAUGCCCCUGCAAUAUUGCCGCCUGUCCAGACGACAGAGAGAAUGUUGGAUGAAAUGGAUGUUGGAAGAAUGGUUGGGUUGUCUGCUCUUUCGAAUCCAGAGACUGAGAGGGAUGUGAGCAAUGAGGCAGAUGGUAUCGCAAGGAACGUCUCCGUGGUUGCAUCCUAA